CCCAUAUGAGGUUAAAAAGUGGGAAAGCGCUACACCAUACACUCACUAUUUGAAAAGUGUUUGCUCAAAGGGUUUUGGGGAAGGGAGAAGCCCAGGAGAAUCCCCACCACCUCUCUCUCUCUGGGACUCUGACCAAUGCACACUCUGCCGCACCAUAUGGCAACGCCUCUCCCUUCUUCCUCCCGAUCACUGCUAUCAUACGCUUCCAAAAACCUCAACCAACCCACUGCACACCACCACUAAAUUUUCAUUAUGCCAUUGCUGCUAUCCAUGGCUGUGACACUAACUCCUCUUUUCUUCCUCAUGCUUAGCUUCACCCCCUUCUUAUCUUGCGCUCAACGGAGUGCUGAAACUCUGGCUGAGAUUGAAGCGCUCACGGCUUUCAAACUCAAUCUUCAUGAUCCGCUUGGAGUGUUGAACGGCUGGGAUUCGUCAACGCCGUCUGCUCCAUGCGACUGGCGUGGUGUGGGCUGCAGCAGUGGCCGAGUAAGCGACCUCCGCCUCCCUCGUCUACAACUAGGCGGUCGACUCACUGAUCACCUUGGUGACCUGACCCAGCUGCGCAAGCUCAGUCUCCGUUCCAACGCCUUCAAUGGUACAAUCCCUUCUUCCCUCUCCAAAUGCACUCUCCUUCGUGCCGUCUUCUUACAGUACAACUCAUUCUCCGGCAAUCUUCCGCCGGAGAUCGGCAACCUCACCAAUCUUCAAGUCUUCAAUGUUGCCCAGAACCUUCUCUCCGGUGAAGUUCCUGGCGAUCUUCCUCUGACUCUGCGAUACCUGGAUCUUUCAUCCAACUUAUUCUCUGGUCAAAUUCCAGCGAGUUUUUCUGCCGCAUCCGAUCUUCAGCUCAUCAACCUCUCGUACAACGACUUCUCCGGAGAGAUUCCAGUGACCUUCGGCGCGCUUCAACAGCUUCAGUACCUCUGGCUUGAUUACAAUUUUUUGGACGGAACUCUACCUUCGGCGAUCGCCAACUGCUCAGCCCUAAUACAUUUGAGUGUGGAGGGCAACGCGCUUCGGGGCGUAGUCCCGGUAGCGAUUGCGUCUCUGCCGAAGCUUCAAGUGAUUUCGCUUUCGCACAAUAAUCUCUCUGGUGCGGUCCCAUCUUCUAUGUUCUGCAACGUUUCUUCGCUUCGGAUCGUUCAGCUAGGGUUUAAUGCCUUCACGGACAUUGUCGCGCCCGGGACAGCGACGUGUUCUAGUGUUCUGCAGGUUCUGGAUGUUCAACAGAAUCUGAUGCACGGCGUGUUUCCUUUGUGGUUAACAUUUGUCACUUCCUUAACAAUGCUGGAUGUUUCAGGUAACUCCUUCGCCGGCGCGCUUCCUGUUCAGAUCGGAAACCUCUUGAGGUUGCAGGAACUAAAGAUGGCUAAUAAUUCGUUAGACGGUGAGAUUCCGGAGGAGUUGAGGAAGUGUAGUUAUUUGCGUGUUCUUGAUCUUGAAGGAAAUCAAUUUUCAGGGGCGGUUCCUGCGUUUUUGGGUGAUCUGACAAGCUUGAAGACUUUGUCCCUUGGGGAGAAUCUCUUCUCCGGUCUUAUUCCACCGAUUUUUGGUAAGCUCUCACAGCUAGAAACCUUGAACUUGAGGCACAACAAUUUGUCCGGAACGAUACCGGAGGAGCUAUUGAGAUUGAGUAACUUGACUACAUUGGACCUAAGCUGGAACAAGCUUUCGGGUGAAAUUCCAGCAAAUAUUGGGAAUCUGAGUAAGCUACUUGUUCUGAAUAUUAGUGGUAACGCAUAUUCAGGGAAGAUUCCUGCAACGGUGGGAAAUUUAUUCAAGCUAACGACCCUUGAUUUGAGCAAGCAGAAACUUUCUGGUGAGGUGCCGGAUGAGCUUUCAGGCUUGCCCAAUUUGCAACUUAUUGCUCUCCAGGAGAACAUGUUAUCUGGGGAUGUUCCUGAAGGUUUCAGUAGCUUAGUGAGUCUGCGUUAUUUGAACCUCAGUUCCAAUUCCUUUUCCGGUCAUAUUCCAGCCACCUUUGGCUUUCUUCAGUCAGUGGUUGUUCUUUCAUUGUCUGAAAAUCUUAUAGGUGGGUUGAUUCCAUCAGAGAUAGGCAACUGCUCCGAGCUCAGAGUCCUUGAACUGGGAUCAAAUUCUUUGUCGGGUGACAUUCCAGCUGAUCUUUCUCGUCUCUCGCAUCUGAAUGAGCUUAAUUUGGGUAGGAACAAUUUAACAGGUGAAAUCCCUGAAGAAAUCUCAAAAUGCUCGGCACUAACUUCUCUGUUGCUGGAUACUAAUCAUCUUUCUGGUCACAUUCCAAACUCAUUGUCUAAUUUGUCAAACCUAACAACACUGGAUCUCUCUACAAACAACUUGACUGGGGAGAUUCCGGCAAAUCUUACACUGAUCUCUGGCUUGGUAAACUUCAAUGUCUCGCGAAAUGAUCUAGAAGGAGAGAUUCCAGGACUACUGGGUUCUCGAUUCAACAAUCCAUCUGUCUUUGCCAUGAACGAAAACUUAUGUGGGAAGCCCCUGGAUAGGAAAUGCAAAGAAAUAAACACGGGUGGUAGGAGGAAGAGGCUGAUUCUGUUAUUUGCUGUGGCCGCAAGUGGAGCUUGCCUCAUGGCAUUAUGCUGCUGCUUCUAUAUUUUCAGCCUCUUGAGGUGGCGCAAGAGGCUCAAAGAGGGGGCUGCGGGGGAGAAGAAAAGGAGCCCUGCGAGGGCAAGUUCAGGAGCCAGUGGGGGCCGUGGCAGUACUGAUAAUGGUGGACCAAAGCUUGUUAUGUUCAAUAACAACAUCACACUUGCAGAAACAAGUGAAGCAACAAGGCAAUUUGAUGAGGAAAAUGUGCUGAGCAGAACGCGAUAUGGUCUAGUUUUCAAGGCUUGCUACAAUGAUGGAAUGGUUCUCUCAAUUCGCCGACUCCCUGAUGGACUGCUAGAUGAAAACACAUUCCGCAAAGAGGCUGAAGCACUAGGGAAAGUGAAACACCGUAACCUAACUGUCCUCCGCGGCUAUUAUGCUGGAGCAUCUGAUGUCAGACUCCUGGUUUACGAUUACAUGCCCAAUGGAAACCUCGCAACCCUCCUACAAGAAGCAUCCCACCAAGAUGGUCAUGUCCUCAAUUGGCCAAUGCGCCACCUUAUUGCACUUGGAAUCGCUCGGGGCUUAGCAUUUUUACACACAGCUUCCAUGGUUCAUGGCGAUGUCAAGCCACAAAACGUCCUAUUUGACGCGGAUUUUGAAGCCCAUUUAUCAGAUUUCGGUCUCGACCGGCUGACAAUUGCUGCCCCAGCGGAAGCUUCCACUUCCUCCACAUCUGUUGGCACGCUAGGGUAUGUCUCCCCGGAAGCAGUCCUAACAGGGGAAACCACAAAGGAAUCAGAUGUUUACAGCUUCGGCAUUGUCUUGCUGGAACUUUUGACCGGAAAAAGACCUGUGAUGUUUACACAAGACGAAGACAUAGUGAAGUGGGUCAAGAGACAAUUGCAAAGGGGUCAAGUCUCAGAACUGCUUGAGCCAGGACUCCUAGAACUCGAUCCCGAAUCAUCAGAAUGGGAAGAGUUCUUGCUGGGAGUGAAAGUGGGUUUGCUUUGCACCGCACCAGACCCUCUCGACCGACCCACCAUGGCGGACACAGUGUUCAUGCUAGAAGGUUGCCGUGUCGGACCCGAUAUUCCGUCGUCGGCCGAUCCCACAUCCCAACCCUCGCCGGCAUGAAAAAAUAACAAUUUUUAUUCGAAAUUGUAACAGUAGGUUUAGUCUUAUUUUUAAUUUAUUUCUCUAUUAUUUUAAUUUUGUUUUACGCUCUGUUGCCGGCUGGUGAUGUUGAUGGAGGGGGGAGGGGAUGAGGUUUGAGUAACAGUCAACAAUUUCGGUCAACGAUUGGGAGAGGCGCGGUGAAAGUGGACGAAAGUAGGCAGGGUGGGGCCCAGCAUCAGCUAAUUUCCCGCCAAGGAAAGGAGCAGAGAGAACUUCUCUCGUUGCGUCACGUGGCCGUAACUAGCUCACUUUAGCAAAAAAAGUAGCCGUUAAUGUUGUGGGGCCAGAGCGACACCCUGGCAAACAAACAAACAAAUACGACUGUCUUUUCCCAGAGGAGGCAUCAAUAUUCGUAACCGCGUGAGUUACAGCUUCAAGGUGUUUUUUAUCUCAGCUGCUGCCACGUCGGUUUCUGCGCUGUCCCAUCCCAAAUUUUCAGGUCCCACAGGCUGAUGGGUAAAGAGAGAGAAGGGGGGAAAAUAGUGGCCUACAGCACAAAUUACUUUGAACUUUUUGUGGGACAGGGAUUCUAUUGAAAUGUGUAUCUGUUUUGUCAUCUAAUCUUCAUUUUUUUCUGAGGACAUACA